AGUGAAAAGAGGAAAAAUUGAAAAGGAAACGGGAUAUGCUACGGGCGAAGAUUGGCAACACCUGGUUGUUGGCAGGACAUAACUGUUCAUCCACAAAAGGAUCUUAGUCAACGAACCUUUGUUGACCAAACAGCCAAUUCUGCGGACCACAAUGCGCAACUUUAACCAUGUUCCCCCCAUAGCUAAGGUGUAGCCUCCGUCGUAUGCCGCCUACAAGAAAUUCCUCCGCCACCCUAUUUAUCAAAUUCCAAAACCCGCGAUAUUCGGAUUUCAAAGGCUCGCGCCAAUGAGCUUUCAUGGCGUCCAAAUCGUCUAAGAAGAAGCCUAACAGCAAGCGGUCAAGCUCCAAGCCCGCCUCCUCCCCGAUGGCAUCUCCGAAGCAUUUUCAUCUCAAAAGAUUCUUCAUUUUAAUUUCGAUUUUGUUGCCUGUUUGUGUAAUUGUUGUUUUGGGAGUUUCGUCAAACACGUCGUAUAAGAUAUCGUCGGAUCAUUACUCCGUUAAGAUUUACGGAUUUGAAUUAGUCAAUGAAUUCCCCCACGAUCCCCGUGCUUUCACUCAGGGCCUUGUUUAUGCUGGAAAUGAAUCCUUGUAUGAGUCAACUGGACUUUACAAGCAGUCAACUGUUCGCAGAGUAGCUAUUCAGACGGGAAAGGUUGAGGUUCUUCACAAGAUGCCUGAUUCAUUUUUUGGAGAGGGUUUAACCCUUCUCGGUGAAAGGCUGUUCCAAGUAACUUGGUUGACGAAAAUUGGUUUCAUAUAUGACACAAAAAAUUUGCAGAAAUUAGAUCGAUUUACACAUCAGAUGGAAGAUGGUUGGGGCCUAGCAACUGAUGGCAAAAUCUUAUAUGGAAGUGAUGGGACUUCGACACUGUAUCAGAUAGAUCCUCAAACAUUAAAAGCCACAAGAAAGCAAGUCAUCCAAUUUAAUGGCCGUGAAGUACGCUAUCUGAAUGAAUUGGAAUAUAUAAAUGGUGAAAUAUGGGCAAAUGUUUGGCAGACUGACUGCAUUGCUAGAAUCUCACCUAAGGAUGGUAGAAUGCUUGGAUGGAUUCUUCUCCCGACUUUAAGACAAGGACUCAUAGCAGCUGGAUAUAACGGAAUUGAUGUUUUAAAUGGCAUUGCUUGGGAUAGCAACAAAAAUCGCAUUUUUGUUACUGGAAAACUCUGGCCAAAGCUUUAUGAGAUCAAGCUACAUCCAGUAAGGAGACAAAUCGACAAUAAAGACAUUGAGCAGCUUUGCGUGCCAUGAAAAGCUAUAUCCUUAUGUACCCACGAAGAUGCUAAAGUAGGUGUGGUACUGUGGUUCAUUAUAAGCAGUAGUAUAAUUUAACAUCAGAAGUUGCCGCUGAUCGAACAAGUCUUCAACUUGACAUUGUCGAUAGGCAGCCUGUCCUCAGGGAAGGGGCAAUCAAUCUCCUUCUCAGGCAACAAGUUGCAUGGUUCCGGUGUCACUUGGUUAGUAACUCCCUGAAUAUGAGUGCAGUUCCAUUGCAACUCCUUUGGCUUUGAAGUUAGUUUGAUAUUGACAUUAGAAAUGCAAAUAUCCGUAAAAGGAUCGUUUUCGAUCCCAUCCAGUCUUGCUGAAUAUGUAACAUUAUCAGCCACAACGUCUCUGUAAUUGAUCCCUUUGAUUACCGGUAAUGCUUUUGGGUCAAAACCGGGGUCUGGAUGUGAGCCAUAAGAGCCAGUCAUCCAGAACACAUACUUCAUUGUAUUCAAUGUGAUCCUCCUAACAUAAAUGUCUUUCACAUAA